GGGAUCCCGGCGGCGCAGCGGCGGAGUCUGAGCGGGUCUGGGGGCGGCGGCGCUGCCCCUCUGAGGGGCUCGGGCCGAGCGGCGGCCGCGGCGCCUGGAGCGAACGGAGGACGAGGCUGCGAGGCCGCGGCCGCAGUAAGACAAAAGAGAAUGAAAGAAGUAGAUAACCUUGAAAGUAUAAAAGAAGAAUGGGUUUGCGAAUCAGGAUCUGACAAUCAAUGUCAUAAUAACAAUCGACAAACGAAUUGUGAGUAUUUUGUUGACAGCCUUUUUGAGGAAGCACAGAAGGUUGGUGCCAAGUGCUUAUCCCCCACUGAACAAAAGAAACAGGUAGAUGUAAGUAUAAAGUUAUGGAAAAACGGAUUCACAGUCAAUGAUGAUUUCAGAAGUUAUUCUGAUGGUGCAAGUCAGCAGUUUCUGAACUCCAUCAAAAAAGGGGAAUUGCCUUCAGAAUUACAGGGAGUUUUUGAUAAAGAGGAGGUGGAUGUGAAAGUUGAAGAUAAGAAAAAUGAAGUGUGCCUGUCAACAAAGCCUGUGUUCCAGCCAUUUUCAGGACAGGGCCACCGACUGGGAAGUGCCACACCAAAAAUUGUUUCUAAAACAAAGAUUCUUGAAGUUGAAAAUAAAAGUAAUUUGUCUACUGUUCCACUGAACAACUUGGAACCCAUCACUAAUGUACGGAUUUGGUUAGCCAAUGGGAAAAGGAUUGUCCAGAAAUUUAACAUUUCUCAUAGGGUAAGCCACAUCAAAGACUUCAUCGAGAAAUACCAAGGAUCUCAGAGAAGUCCUCCUUUUUCCCUGGCAACAGCUCUUCCCUUCCUCAGAUCACUCGAUGAAACGCUUACACUGGAAGAAGCAGAUCUGCAGAAUGCUGUCAUUAUUCAAAGACUCCAAAAAACUGUGGAACCCUUUAGAGAACUUCCAUAGUGUUGGAUUUUGAUAGACUGAGUGGAAAAUUUUCAGAGAAACGAUGGUUGUAAGUGGGCAUGCAAACCAAAGUGGAGAAAAAGAAAAGUCAGAUUUGCUGGACUUUUGGGUUGAGCACUGUUUGACUCUCUUAAUGAGAAGAUGUUUAAAUAAGUGCAAGUUAGGAAAGUAACAUAUGACUGGAAACUAGAUUCAGUGUAUUUUCCCGGAGGCUACUCAGAAAGAAAAAUACAUGUAUUUUCUAAUACCAAUUCAUCAACAUAAGAUAUAUUAAAUAGCUGUAUUAGUUAGAAUCUUAAGACAGUAUAAAUUAGCAGAUAGGCUCACAGCAUGUCAUUUAAACAUCACUCCCAAAUAGCAGGGAUUUAUUUAAAUGUUAGCUGUUUCAGAGUUUUUAAAUGGCAAUAUGUAAAAAAAAAUUAUGUAGGUCAGGCUGAAAGCAUCAGGGUAAUUAUUUCAUAACUUAGAUAUAAUCAAGACUGAAAGGACCUGCUUUCUACCGCACCUGUGCCUACACAUCAUCAAAGUGUUCUCAGUUUUCAUUCUGUAAUGGCAGGAUAUACUCACAUACUAAUUUGGCAACAGUAUCUAAGAUAUAUUUUCAUUUAAGGAGAAAAUUGUGUAGCUUAGUAUAAUGUCAGUACUAAUCUGCUUACUAAAAUUUCUACAUUUUCCUAAAACUUGUUUUUUAAAGUUUUCCCUCCAGAAACCCUACUUCAUCCCCUAUUUUCUUUUCUGUCAAAAAUUAGGGAUUUAUUUUUAUCGAAAAUUUGGGAUUAGUCAUUCAUUCACCAGCAUUUAGAAUCUAAUGCCUAUAUGGUCACAUUACUAAUUAAUGAGUAUUUUUAAAAUGUGCCACAUAGAGUGUGGUUUUCUAUUUCAUACAUCCCAGCCAAUCUGUGUAUACAUUAAAGGAUUGUUUAUUAUGUUCUGAUGUCACCAAGGAAAACAUGCUUUGUAUCUUAGAUUUUUUUAACUAAAGCCAGUAAGACUUUAUUUCACCUUCAAGAUUAAAUCCCCUUGCCUGAAAAUAAGUCUAAAAAGCUUUUGUGCAAAUUAUCUGUUAAUUCAAAUUUAAAUUUAAUGAAGUGUACAUUGAGUGUGCCAAUGAACUAAGUAGCCUGCAUCAACUAAAUGAGUGCUAAAAGCCACAGUUCUCAAAAUUUUUGGUCUCAAACCUUUUAUUUAUGUGUGUUCACGUUAUAUAUAUAUAUAUAUAUAUAUAUAAUUAAACAAAAGUAUAAAAUAUCUAUUUUAAAAUAACCUGCAAAAGAAAAAUAAUUAGUAAAGUGGCAGUCCAUUUUUGCAAAUAUCUUUUCUGUUUGACAUAAAAAAGAUUUGUAUGUCUGCUUCUACAUUCAAUCUGUUGGGAUCACACGUCAUGUAGCCUCUAAAAAACACUGUACACUCAUGAGUGACUAAAACAGAGGGAAAUGAUGCCUUAGUAUUAUUAUGAAAGUAAUCUUGAGUGGUUCUCAGGAACCCCCAGAAUCCCUUGCCCACACGUUGAGGAUCAGCCCCAAAGCCCAGUGGUUCACAGCACUUCCCACCUAGCCCUGUCCCUGGGAUAGUUCCCAGUGGUUCACAGUGCUUCUCAAGCCUUAGCUCUUCCUACUUCCAGCCAGCCCUGUCCUGGGGUAGGUCCCAGGUCUCCGCACUUGUGAUCCUGAGUGAGGUGUGUGGUGCAGGAACCACUCUUCAGGAAAUCCUGUGCUGAGCUGCUUGGGCCAGAAACUAAAUCCUGUUUGUUGGACCUCUUAGGUUUUAUCCUUGUCCCCCAGUGUGCUUUUAGACACUAAACGUGGCAUAACCUGUGUUUAUGUCCUGUAGCAUAAACGAGACAAAGCUGGAACACUUGAAUGAGGUUUUUAGCAAAGACUCAGGAAUAACAAAAGGGAAUAUAUUCAUGACUAGGCGAACUGGCUUAUAUCUUCUUUUGCACUGUUUUAAGAAUGCUUCCUUUCCCAACUGCCAGCUGUGCGUGUGGCAGAGGGGUCUUCUUCUUAGAGAAAGGGGGAGGACGAAGGAAGGCCCUUUCCUGUCCUCUGUCGCCCUCAGGAAGGGACAGGUACAUAACCGAAAGGAAGUGUUUACUGUCGGUACUGUUUACACAGCAAUGCUACUGCCCUCUCAGUGGCGAAACAAAAAUGAUGACGUUCUGUAAAAUAGGAGAGGAUGGUAAAAAUCAGUGAACUUCCAGACCUAGGAAAUAUGAUUGCUGAUAUAUGUUCAGGAUCUGUAAGAAAGUGUGUCAUUCCGUCUUAUGAGACAUUUUCAUCUGCAUAGUUCUAAUCAGUACAGGAGUCCUCAUUUGUUUUUGUGGGGGCCUCUCACUGAGACUGUGUCUUGUGUACCUUUGGGAGAGCCUCCGGCUUGUGAUUAUUUACAAAGACACGUGGGAGGUGCUCUCGUAUGGACCUGGAAAUAUGCCCAGUGAGAGAUUCCUACAGAGAAAGAUGCAUCUUAGCAAUAAACCUUCAUUUCUUUUAAACUGUGAAAACUUUUCAUUAAUAUGAAUCAUAAUCUCCAAGGUUUUCUAAAGUAAUAAUCAUGUGAUAACGCUUUCCACUUGAAAGUUUCCAAGUUGUAAAUUAAAUGUGUAGCAUACUCACAACAGAUUCACUUUGAAAAAUGUAAACUGAAUUUGCCAAGGAAAGUAAGCAAAUGUCUUAGGUGGGGAAGAUGGUUUUUGACCAAACGGUUGUUUCAAAAUCAUCAUCAGUUCUUUCAGAGUGUUUGCUAGAGCUGAUAUAUAGAGACCCACUCUUUGAUUUUACAAUUUCUGGUUUAGUGGCUAAAUUGCCGUGUAUUAUCAAGGUUAAAAAGCAAUCUUACUCUACAUCUCUCAUUCAGAGUCUUGUCCUGACGUUUUCAGUGUGUCGAUAAUGUUUUCAUUUAUUUCAGUGCCUUAAAGUAUUUUGAAGUCUUUAGCUAAUGGUUUAAGAGCUGUUCCCCUCAGGAUGAAAUACUGUCCAUUUAAGAGGUCUGUGAAAUCAUUUAUGCUUGUUAGAAAGUCAUUACAUGUGAAUGCAUCUCUCACUUCUUUCUGGCAAAGUCAUUCAAUUGGAAAGUCAACAUUUAUUUGGUGCCUUUGUGUUAGCCAGUAUGACUUUAAUUUAACACCAAGAAAUGUAAAAGAUAAGAUAUUUUUAAUAGCAACUCCAUAACGUUCUUUGUGUUUUGAAGUAGUGUGAAGAGUCUUUAGGUGAGUUUUACUCCUUUGUUCUUUGCCUUGAUACAAACCAUUAAGUGAGAAACUGCUCACCACUCUAAAUCCUUAAACAAAAGUGGCUUAUUCAGCAUGUUAAUAUUUGCCUUUUUGUCUUUUGUUUUAAAUGUAUUAAUGUAUUAUUUUGGACACAAAUAAUUCAUAUCAACAAUGAUUAAAUGCAGAUAUGCUAACACGCUCUUUAAGUCACCUCUCACGGAGCGGUUCAGAGGCGGUCACUGCAGGCUGGGCGUCCCGGGGGAAGCACAGACGUCGCUGCGCACCAGCAUCGCGCCGCACGCGACCUCAUGUGACUGGGCCACGAUGAGAGCGCACGUGUGCGAAAAAUACUGCAUAAAGUUACUUUCAGGCUGUAUGUGUAAGGUAUAUCUGGAACAUACAUGAUUCUCAUGCUUAGAUUUCUCAUUGUUCAAUCACCAAAAGCUAAAAAAAAAAAAAAAAAAAAAAAAAAAUCCCAGAUUUAAAACACUGUGGGCCCAGGCAUUUCCGACAAGGACGACUCAGCCCAUGUUUUGGUGUGUAUCCUUUCAGUUGUUUCUCAGCGCACUGAUCGUUGGUUUUGUUUUCAUUAAAAGGCAACUGUGUUGGUUAAUUUAA